AUGCCAAUAGCAUUCCUGCGUAAACAUGAGUGCGUUGAGUUGUCUCGGAUCUUACCUGAGGCUGCCGAGGGUGACGUCCCUGAUGUCCUGACCAUCGAUCAGUAUUUGGCCCGCGGACGGUUCGUAGAACCUGAACAGCAUCUUGGCGAUGGUGGUCUUGCCAGUCCCCGAGUUGCCGACAAUGGCGACUGUUUUCCCCUGCUCCACCGUCAACGAAAAGUCCUCGAGGAUUUUCAGGGCUCCAACGUUACUUUCGUACGCAUGGCAGACGUUUUUAAACUCUAUUUUGCCCGCUUUUAUGACCAAAUCCUUGGCCCCUGGUUUGUCGUGAACUUUGGGCUCGUGCUUCAUGAGGUUCAGGAACUUCUGCAGGUCGACCAUGCUCGUCUUAGUUUCCCUGUACAUGGUCCCUAUGAGGUUGAGCGGUAUGGCGAGCUGGAAGAGGAGGGUAUUGACGAGGAUGAGGCCUCCGAAGUGUGCCGUGCCUUCCGCAAUGCCCUUGAGCGUCAGCCACAUCGAGAAGAAGAGCCCGGUGUUGAAGAUGGCGUUUUGGCCAAAGUUGAGCAGUGCGAGUGA